CUCUCUCUCUCUCUCUCUCUCUCUCUCUCUCUCUUCUUUCACUGAACAGUCUCACGAGCAAAGCGAAAGACCGUUGCUUAAUUAAUGUCACUCUCUUCCUCUUCAUCAUCAUCCUCGUCUUCUCAGAAGACAUGGAUUGUACACGGAAUCUUAGCCGGAACAGCGAUCGCAGCAGCGAUUGGCGCACGUGCCUAUCUGAGUGGAUCCAGGAAAUUCCGGAGCCGGGUCGUCGGGAUCAUCCCCGCCCGUUACGCUUCCUCUCGAUUCGAGGGCAAGCCUCUCGUGAAAAUCCUCGGCAAACCCAUGAUCCAGAGAACUUGGGAGAGAUCGAAGUUAGCUUCUACACUUGAUCACGUUGUUGUAGCAACGGAUGAUGAAAGGAUUGCGGAUUGCUGUCGUGGGUUUGGUGCUGAUGUCAUCAUGACUUCAGAGUCUUGCAGAAACGGUACUGAGCGGUGCAAUGAAGCGCUAGAAAAGCUGGAGAAGAAGUAUGAUGUGGUUGUUAACAUUCAAGGAGAUGAACCACUCAUUGAGCCUGAGAUUAUAGACGGUGUUGUCAAAGCACUUCAGUUAGCACCUGAUGCAGUGUUUAGCACAGCCGUGACUUCAUUGAAACCAGAAGACGGACUUGAUCCUAACCGAGUCAAGUGUGUGGUAGACAACCGUGGCUACGCUAUCUAUUUUUCCCGGGGUUUGAUUCCUUAUAACAAGAGUGGUAAAGUCAAUCCAGACUUCCCUUACAUGCUUCAUCUUGGAAUACAGAGCUUUGAUUCGAAGUUUCUCAAAGUAUACUCGGAGCUUCAACCAACACCAUUGCAGCUAGAAGAGGAUCUAGAGCAGCUUAAAGUCCUUGAAAAUGGCUACAAAAUGAAGGUUAUAAAGGUGGAUCAUGAAGCUCAUGGAGUUGAUACACCUGAUGAUGUCGAAAAAAUUGAAUCUUUAAUGCGGGAAAGAAACCUCCUCUAGACCACAUAAUACAGAGAUCUUGCUUUCAAACUUUAUAAUUGGAUCGCCUUUCCUUGUUUUACUCAGUGACUUAUCAAUGAAAUUUAGGGACUUCCAGUAGAUAUUAUAUACUUUGUAAUUCAAUUCAAUUCUUUGCACACUUGUUAACUUGUGCCUAUUUUUUUGUAAUUUUAUGUGGUAGGACUUGUGCU